GGAGUGAGGAGAAAGAAGGGGGGGGGGAGCGGCGAUUUGGGAAAGUAGGAAAUGCUGCUGGGUGGUUGUAAGAGAGAAAUUGGCGGAAGGGGGACAGCUUGAGGUUGGGCUAAAGGGGACCCGGGUGGGGAAGGACAACGGCAGAACCAAAAGGAGGGAACCUGAGUUACUCUGAUUAUGGCACCAUCAGGAAGAAAAUCUGCAGCAAAAACUGCUAAAUUGGCACAGGAAGAUCCAAUUGUUCAUGCCUACGACUUUGAAGAACAUACAAAAAAACAUCUGAGUGGCUCUGAAGAGGAUGUUAGAGAAGAUGAAACUCCAAUAAUUGAUAAACAUGGGAAAAAAAGACCUUCGCUGACUCCUCGUCCUGUAGUUGAAGAUGAAGUUGGGGGAGAAGUACAGAAUAUGCUGGAAAGAUUUGGAGCGGACAUUAACAAAGCUCUUCUGGCUAAAAGGAAAAGAUUAGAAAUGUACACGAAAGCUUCUCUCAAAACAAGCAACCAGAAAAUAGAACACGUUUGGAAAACACAACAAGAGCAAAGGCAGAAGGUCCAACACGAAUAUUCUCAGCAGUUCCUGCAUGUAUUUCAACAGUGGGAUGCUGAUAUAAAGAAAUCUGAGGAACAGGAAGAAAAAUUAAUGAACCUGUUUCGGCAACAACAAAAAACUUUCCAACAAGCAAGAAUAGUUCAGAGUCAAAGACUGAAAACAAUUAAGCAGCUGUAUGAGCAAUUUUUGAAGAGUAUGGAAGACAUGGAGAAGACUCAUGAAAGUCUUUUAGUAGGUGCACAAAAUGAGCUUCGGAAAGAAAUGGCUAUGUUGCAAAAGAAGAUCAUGAUGGACACUCAACAGCAAGAGAUGGCAACUGUUCGCAAAUCUCUUCAGUCCAUGUUAUUCUGAUGGCUCAGUGGAGAAACAACUUGUACCUAAGUAACAUGAUACAAUUAUAUACAUUAGCCAUAUGGGGAGGAAGAGCCAGUAUUUUAAACGCCAUAUUAAAAAUUGCUAUAUUUGAAUACCUUACAUUCAGCUCUGAUAUCAAAGAAACCGACAGCUCAUUGCUGCUUAGCAACAGGA